ACCGGCUCGGAGCAGGCGCAUGCGUGUAGAGACCUGGCUCUUCAGCAUGGGUUCCUCGCUCGCUCUCUUGUCUCUGCUGUGGCUCCUGUCCAGUCCCGGGCUUCAGCUAGGAAGUAACCAGGCUCCCACCAUGGUACAGCUGCCGGGUGGGCGAUUUUUGAUGGGGACAGAUGCUCCAGAUGGCAGAGAUGGUGAAGGGCCUGCCCGGGAAGUGACGGUAAAACCCUUUGCCAUUGACGUAUUUCCGGUGACCAAUAAAGAUUUCAGGGAAUUUGUCCGGGAGAAGAAAUACCGGACUGAGGCUGAGGCCUUUGGGUGGAGCUUCGUCUUUGAGGAUUUUGUCUCCCCGGAGCUUAGAGAUCAAGGAAAUCAGAUGCCGUCUGUUCUCUGGUGGCUACCAGUGCAAAAGGCGUUUUGGAGGCAGCCCGCAGGUCCCGGCUCUGGCAUCCGAGAGAAACUGGAACUUCCGGUGGUGCACGUGAGCUGGAACGAUGCUGGCGCUUACUGCGCAUGGCGGGGAAAGCGGUUGCCCACCGAAGAAGAGUGGGAGUUUGCGGCCAGAGGGGGCUUGAAGGGCCAGGUUUAUCCAUGGGGGAACCAGUUCGAGCCAAACCGCACCAACCUGUGGCAGGGAAAGUUCCCCAAGGGUGACGAAGCCGAAGAUGGUUUUCAUGGACUGUCACCAGUGAAUGCUUUCCCCCCACAGAACAACUAUGGACUGUAUGACCUCAUGGGCAAUGUGUGGGAGUGGACGGCAUCCACCUACCAAUCUGCUGGCCAGGACAUGCGUGUCCUCCGGGGGGCAUCAUGGAUCGACACAGCAGACGGCUCGGCCAAUCACCGGGCUCGGGUCACCACCAGGAUGGGCAACACUCCAGACUCCGCCUCAGACAACCUGGGCUUCCGCUGCGCUUCCAGCACAGGCCGACGGAAGGAGGAUCUGUGAGCCUCCAGGCAGGGACGGAGAAAGCCCCACUGAGUACUGGGUCUCCCUGACCAUGUUCCAGAGACAUCUGGAUACCGAGUUCUUCAUCAGCCUGCAGGUGGCUUCUCUUUGAGCCCCUUCUCUCUGGCAGAUGCCUCUUAAGGGCAGAAGAACACUCAACCCAAGAGGCGACUGUCAUAGCCUGGAAGAGGAAGGCCAGGAUGAUCAUGACCAUGGCUGGGAGCUGGCUGGGUGUUUUCUCGGAAGUACAUAUUAGGGACAAAGGAACCAAACACUCUAAUAUCUGGAGUCAUUCUCCAAAAGACAGUGAUUGAAAAAUGGCCCCCUUUCAGCCAGACGGUGGUGGUGCACUCCUUUAAUUUCAGCACUUGGGAGGCAGAGGCUGACAGAUCUCUGAGUUCGAGGCCAGCCUGAUCUACAGUGUUAGUUCCAGGACAGUCCAGGCUACACAGAGAUACCCUUGUCUGGGGGUGGGGGUAGGAGGAACCUCUUCCUUUUGCUUUCUUCCUCUUAAUUCAGCUUUCACUUCUGGGAAAUCCUGUAGAAGGAAAAUGCUUCCUUUUGUGUUGGUGCCUAAAGCCCCCUGAGGGAAUGCUAGCCUCCCUGUCCAUCGUUUGAAACAGGGUACUCACCAUGUGGCAAGGCUGGCUCAAACUCUCAGUCCUCUGACCUCAGCUUCCUGAGUGCUGGGAUUAUACACGGUGCCCAAGUAUUAAAACAAUCUGGGAGAGCAAAUAAUCUACCAGGUGACGCUGUGCAUUGUGGGGGUAACAAGAUCUGUGCUCCUCUAGGAAGACAAAGGUCAGAGACUUCUCCUCUGAGUGUUACUCAUGAAGGGGCUUCUGUGUACCUCUACAAACAUGUCCCUGGACAGACUGGAGCCCAUGGUGUCGCUGGAUCUCAUAAGGUCAAUAAACUCUGCAUUUGUGUA